UUCAGGUGCCAGGCUGGGACGGGGAUGUGCCCCGUGGACAAAGCCCACAGAAACCAAUGCCAGGCCUGCAGACUGAAGAAGUGCCUGCAAGCAGGCAUGAACAAGGAUGCCGUGCAGAACGAGCGCCAGCCCCGCAGCACUGCCCAAGUCAGACUCAACAGCAUCCCGCUGGACACAGACCUCAAGCCUGCGCACUUGGCCACCACGCGGGAGGCCCCUCCGCCACCCUGCCCUGCCCUGCCAAGCCUUAGGGGCCCCGUCUCCUCUGUGCCGGGUACCCUGGGACCUCAGGCACCCACUCCUCCAAGUAAUCACCGCUUCAUGGCCAGCCUGAUGACAGCCGAGACCUGUGCCAAGCUGGAGCCCGAGGAUGCUGAUGAGAACAUCGAUGUGACAGGUAACGAGCCCGAGAGGACCUCAACUGAGUACCAGAUGUCCCCCUACCCAUCUGCCAGCCCUGAGAGCGUCUAUGAAACUUCUGCCCGCCUCCUCUUCAUGGCAGUGAAGUGGGCAAAAAACCUGCCCGUCUUCGCCAAUCUGCCCUUCAGGGACCAGGUGAUUUUGCUAGAGGAAGCCUGGAGCGAGCUGUUCCUGCUCUGCGCCAUCCAAUGGUCCAUGCCCUUGGAAAGCUGCCCGCUGCUCUCUGUGCCUGAGCUCUCCCCCAACAUCCACGGGAAACUGGUGUCUGCCAGCGUGGACAUCCGCAUCCUGCAGGAAACCAUCAGCCGCUUCAAGUCCCUGACCAUAGACCCCACAGAGUUCGCGUGCAUGAAGGCCAUUGUGCUCUUCAAACCAGAGACACGAGGCCUGAAGGAUCCAGAGCAGGUGGAGAACUUGCAAGAUCAGUCGCAGGUGAUGCUGGACCAACACAACCGGACACACUACCCCAGCCAGCCUGUCAGGUUUGGGAAACUGCUCCUGCUCCUUCCCUCCUUGAGGUUUAUUUCCUCAGACCGGAUCGAGCUCCUCUUCUUCCGCAGAACUAUCGGGAACACUCCCAUGGAGAAGCUGCUCUGCGACAUGUUCAAAAACUGA